AUGGGCCAUCUUCUCCUGCUCCUACUGGCCCUCCUCCUCGCUUCCACCCGCGCCGCCUUCCACGCCAGCGCCGCCGCCUUCGCCGAGCUCUGCCUGCAGGACAAGCGCAUUGCGGGGAUCAGGGGCGUGAUAGGGUCGAGGCCGCCGAGCUGCGCGGGGCGGUGCCGGUCCUGCGGGCACUGCGAGGCCGUGCAGGUGCCCAUUUCUCCACAGGAGCCGGGGAAGAAGAAGAGGAGGAUGGAGCUUGGGCGCCAUGGCAGCCGGGCUGCUGCAGCCGGUGGUGGUGGUGGUGGGAGAGCAAUGCCGUCCUCCUACGACGACCACUCCAACUACAAGCCGUUGAGCUGGAGGUGCAAGUGCGGGCGCUUGAUACUGAGCCCAUGA